AUGUCGGUGGCCGUUGUCAACGGAACGCCUCCUCGAGCACAGGCUGCUCAAGCGCCUCGAAAAUCGGAAAUAUAUAGGUAUAACUCGAGUAAACCGGUCUUCUCGGCGGCUUGGUCGUGCAAAAAGGAUACUCGGUUUCGAUUAGCCGUUGGAAGCAUUGUGGAAAGGGAACAACAGAAUCGGAUCUCCAUUGUGCAACUGAACGAAGAAGGCGCGGAGUUGAUCGAAAGAGGGAAUUUCAAUCACGAAUUCCCUGCUAACAAUAUCGAGUUCAUCCCGGAUCCGUUGAACAACUAUCCGGAUUUGUUGGCGACGAGUGCGGACGCUUUGAGAGUUUGGAGAAUUUCCCCGGAAAACCUCGUCACUGAAGAGUGCUCUUUGUCAAAUAACAAAAACGCGCAAUUCUCAGCUCCGUUGACGAACUUUGACUGGAAUGAGAUCGACCCAUCACUCAUCGGCACGAGCAGUAUCGAUACAACUUGCACCAUUUGGCAAAUUGAGACGGGUCAAGCAAUCGCCCAAAUCGGCUCACCGCCAUCCGUCUCCGGGACGGUGAAAACACAGCUGAUCGCUCAUGAUAAGCCUGUUCACGACAUCGCCUUCAGCAAACUCAACAAUGGUAGGGACAUCUUCGCCACUGUAGGAGCUGACGGAUCGGCUCGGAUGUUCGACUUGAGAAAUCUCGAACACUCGACAAUUGUCUAUGAAGAUCCGGGCAAAAAUCAACUAAUGCGAUUGGCGUGGAACAAGCAGAGCACACAGUAUUUGGCCACUUUUGCGCAGGACUCGACUGAGGUUGUGAUCAUCGACAUGCGAAUCCCUUGCUCACCGAUGGCUCGGCUGAAGAAUCAUCAAGGAGCGGUGAAUGGGAUCGCCUGGGCGCCACAUUCGGGACAACACAUAUGCACAGCGGGAGAUGACCAACAGGCUCUCAUCUGGGAUGUUCAAUGUAUGCCCCGACCAGUCGACGAUCCAAUUUUGGCCUACUCGGCUGGAGGAGAGGUAAAUCAAGUUCACUGGGGCUCAGUUCACAAUAAUUGGAUCUGCAUCUGCUUUAACAAAACUCUCGAAAUUCUCAGGGUU